AUGAAUUACUUUUUAAUAAAUGCUUUACUUGCAUUAUUGAUUUUUAAAACUCAGUUGAAUGGAUUGAAACUUAGUGGUGAUAAUAUGGUAUAUGAUAAGAGCACAUCAAAUAAUAAUCUUUUGGAUAAAAACACAAAGUUUGAUUCAUCCUUAAAGAACUUUUUAAAAAAAAAUGAGGAAAGUAGUGAUGAUAACUUUAUAUCAGAUAAUAAAGAAUUUAUUACAAAACAAAUAUUAUCAGGAUUAUACAAUAACUUUAUAGUUGACGUAGUAAAUAAUAGCACUUUAAGUUUCUUAGAUAAUUUAAAUUCAGAAAAAUCAGGUAAUGAUGAAUUUCAAAUUGAACUAGAGGAAAGCUGCUCUCCUUUUUUUUGUGAAAAAGUUAUGAAAGCAAAAGAAAUAGAAAAGAAUUCAACUGAAAAAAAAGAAAAUGCUGAUAUAAUAUUUGAUGAUUUGAACAGUAAUGAAAAAGAAAUAAAAUUACAUGAUGAAAAUAACAAUGAUUUAGUUCAAAAUCUAAAUUCUAUUGAUAAUAAUAAUGUAAAUGGAAAAGAAGAAAUAGAUGCUUUCUUUUCGAAAUCAUUUGAUGGAAAUGAAGAAAAACAAAAAAUAAUUCUAACAGAUGGAGAUAAUGUAUAUGUGCUUGAAGAAAUUACACAAAAUGAAAAUGGAUUAAAUGAUGAAGACAAGUUAAAUAAGAAAAGCCAAGAGCAAGAAAUUAAAAUGCAUAUACCCAGUGAAAAAGAAGACAACAAUUAUUUAGAAGAUAUUGAUUUUUCAAAUAAUAAUUCAGAACAUAAUGACGACUUAGGUAUCUUACAAAAAGAUGAAGAAAAAGAUAUACAAGAACAUAAUUUGGAUAAUAAUUCUGUAAAUGAGAAUAAAUCCGAUGAAAAUACUAUUGAUGAUAGUAUCUUUGAAUUAAGUGAAGAAGAAUUGUCGAAGAAAAUAUUUGAAGAUAUUAAAUUGAAUAGCGAAGAAAAAGUAGAAUGUUAUAAUUUUUCAAAAAAUGAAGAUAAAUGCAAUAGUUAUAAAAAAUGUACUUAUGUAAAUAUUGAUAAUAAAGAUACAUGUUUCUUAGAUUAUAAUUACAUGUUAUUUUUAAAAAAUAAUAAUUGUGCUUUACAAUCAAAAUCAUCUCUUUUAUCCAUUUCUAAGGAUUUACUUCAAAACGAAAUAAUUAGUAGGCAAUUGUUUCAAUUGUUAAGAAAUAGCAAUAAUAAUAAUUUUAUUUGUGAUACCAUCACAUAUUCAUUUUUAACAAAUGUUGUUGAUAACACUAAUUACGAUGAAAUAUUUUCUUAG